AUGAUAGAGGUAUUGAUCACGGUCAUUCCUUCUAUAUGUUGGCUUCUAUAUCGGUUCUAUACUGUGUUGAGGACGCCAGUGGACAAGAUCAUCGAGGACCUCAACAUCGAAAUUCCACACAUCCCCAUAAUAUGUGUUGAUUCGAUUUCGGAAUCCUUUAUAGUGAUCCAUUGGGAUGUGGACACUAGGGGUGAUGAGAACUUGUACUACAUUGUGAUUAUCAAUGGUCAGGAAGCGGCAACUUUGACGUCGACUUCAUGCAAGUUGAGAAACUUGGUACCCAAGCAAAUGUAUAGGAUCGAAAUAGUUGCAAGCAACACUAUAACAAACUUCAAAUCGAAGUCAGAGGCGAUAUAUGUCGAGGCGUGUGACAAAAGUGAGAUUGAAAAAUUGACAAAUGUUGAGACCUUGGAAGCGGAGAUUAUUGAGUCAAACUUGUACUACGAUGAUGAAAUUACUGAAGAUGAAUCUUCGUCCAGUGGGUUGCAACAACUGCAGCAAGAAUCUGAUCAGAACCAGACCAAAACUCAAAAACUAGAACAAAAACAAGAACAAAAACUGCUGUUACAGUUGCUGUUACAGCGAUUACCACCACUAGAUUCCAUCACUAUUGACGGAAUACGCAGUAUCGAUGACCCAAAGUUACUCAGUAAUUAUCUCGUUAAAGCACAAAAUGAGUUGGUCAGAACCAACGCUGAGUUUAAAAGUUUUCAAAAGGACAUUCAGAAUGAGCAUAUUUUGUUACAGAAGGAUCUCGCAUAUUACAAACAUGAAUUGGAAGAAGAGACGGAUAGCAAGGUUAAAAAAGAUCAAAACGUCAAGUCUUUGGAGAAAUCGAAAAACAACCUCUCGUUUCAAAAAUCAAAACUUCAAGCUCAACUUAAUAGUAUUAGAAAUACAAUAGCAUUGCAUAAUUCGAAAUUUCGUGAAAACGAUUUGAAGAUUAAAAAACUAAAGGAUCGAAACUCGCACUUAGCAGAGAUGGAGCAACAUGAAAAGGAGAAAGUUGAUAGAGAAUUAAAAAACGUUGGAGACAAGACCUUGGGAGAACGAGUUGAGUAUGAGAAAGUGGAGGAGAAUAUCAAAGCAUUGAUUGCUGAAAAGAAGGAGUCUAUUGCAAUAUUGAAUCAACUUAGACCAUUAAUUGACUUGUUCAACCUGACUAACCAAGCCAGUCUGACAAAUGGGGGAAAUAACACAAACACUGGCAAUUUAAAUAGUGGACAUCAUGAAAGCUCACCAUCACCUGCGCCUGUUCAGAGUGCGACUGGAAAUGGAUCUGGCGCUGUAGGUGCUACUACUUCGAGCACAACACUGAAUGCCAACUUUCCUGUGGUUUUCAACAAAGAUGGAUCCCUCACAAAGAAUGCUUUUGAUGCAUUGCUCAAGAUAUUUCAGCUUAUUCCCUCGUGGCAAGAUGAAAUCAUGCAUGAAAUCAACAAUUAUCAAGAGUUUGAGAAUCAUUGGAGAGAAGCGUUUAAGAAUGAGAUCAGGAAAUUUGUGUCUAUACACCAGGCACUUGAGAUUGCCAAGCUCAAUAAUGAUGGCAACUACCAACCAGUGAAAUUGACAGAGUAUCAAGCCUCGAUUGAGUUUGGUGGGUAUAGCAAUGCAUUACCUAAACCAAAAUUCAAUCAAAACAGUAAUGGCAGUGGCCACAACAGUGGAAAUAGAAGUCAUGUUUUGCAAUCGUCGUCAUCAGAUUAUGCGAAGAAGAAUGAGAGAACCAAUUUUGCCAACUACUAUAGUCAAGUAUACGCAAAUGAAGGAUCUGUUGAUGCUUCACCUACAAGUGUCAAUGCACCUGAACUAUAUCAACCAAGUCAUUUUCCAUAUCAAAACCCCAACCACCAGCAACAGCAACAGCAACAACAGCAACAACAGCAGCAACAAAUGCAAGUGCAAGUACAACCCCAGAUGCCGAUGCAACCUUCGCAAAUUUAUCAGGAUUUUAAUUCCAGUGACAUGUCAUCCUUGAACAAUCAAUCUGGAUCAUUUGCAACGAAUCAUCCUUACAUUAGUUUGGAACAGAUUAAUGCUGCUACAACAUCUGUACAGAAUAGAGCGCUUGAUGUGAGUUCGCCAUUGUUGCACAAUAGCAACAUGUUGAAUCUUGACCAGACAUAUGCUAUGAGCAAUGAUGUUGUUUCCAAUCUUGGUCUUAACCAAGGUGUACAAGCUUUCCCAUAUGACCAAUUUCAACAACUGCAACAGCAGCAACAACAAGAGCAUCACAAUCAGAGUCAGAGUCAAAACCAAAGCUCGAACAUGACGGCGUCACCUCUACCAAUCCAUAUACUGUUACCUCUGGAUUCUAUUGGUUACAAUGGUGAUGCCAUGAGUGGUGGAGUUUGUGCCGGUAAUACGGCUACAACAGCCUCGGAUUUGAAUACCGGUUUGUAUAAUACCAAUUAUAAUCAUUCCGGAACGUUUGCACAGUCGGACUUGUGGAACCCGCAAACUACAAAUAUGAAUAUGAACAUGAACAUGAAUAUGAAUGUGAGUUCAUUUCAUGAUUUUUUGAAUCCUAAUUUGUCUGGUAGUGGUAGUAAGAGUUUCUUUGGUACUCCUUCAGGGAAUAUCUGGCAGGAUGAAAGGGUGCAGAAUGCAAUAAGUCCAAGUACUGUAAACAAUGUUGGUCACACGAGAAGUGUUUCUAGUAAUGCGCAAAUAUGGAGAAAUGAUGUCAAUGCUGCUAAUUCGCUAGGGUUGGCUUCCUCAUCUCCACAUGGCAACUUUAGCACUUUUGGUGGGUUAUCGGCAGCAGGUGCGGGUGUGGGUGUGGGAUCAAGUGCGUCGCCAUCUACAAAGAGAGAGUUUCAGCCGUUUGGAGAUAGCAUCCAAUUGACAAGUUCAACAAAUUCUACAAGUGCUACGGGUGCAGGUUUACAACAUGGACAGAGUCAGAGUCAGAGUCAGAGUCAGAGCCAGAGUCAGAGUCAGAGUCAGAACUCGAAUCUUCAACAGUACAAUGAUUAUACCAAGUACAGUGACUAUGUGGAUUAUAAUGCUUAUAGUAAAUACGGUGAGUAUGGUGAUUUCCAUGGGGCUUCCUCGCCUUUAGUGCACCAGCAUGAAUUGGAGCAUACGGUUCAUGAGCCUCAUGAGGCAUCAAGUCUCGAUGUUGAUGACCACUCAACAAAUUGA